GGGGAGGAGACAGCAGCAGAGGGAGAGUCGUGUGUCUUCGGAGGAGAAAGACUGACUUAGACUCACCUGGACUCACCUGGACUCACCUGGACUCUGCUGGCUGGUGGGGUGAUUCACAGACUGAGGAGCUGUCUGGUCAUGUAGUGUGUCGUCUGUUUGAUUGCACAGGUCUCACGCGGCCCAGUCGCUGCGUAACCGCGGCAAUGUUCCAGCGCAGGAAGAGGAAGAAGAAGAAGCAGCGAGCGCUGGAGAUCUCGGCGCCGCAGGACUUCCGACAUCACGUGCACACGUCGUUCGACGCGGCCAGCGGGCGCUACGUGGGCCUGCCGCCACAGUGGCAGAGCGUCAUCGACACGCUGAGGAGGCCACGCCCCCUGGUGGACGCCUCCAGGAUCACACAGCUGCAGAUAUCCAAGACGAUCGUCCGAGGCAGUUUCAUCGGUCACGGCGACUACAUUUCCCACGUCAUCUCCGAGCUGAGCGGCCUGUCCGUCAGCGGCUCCAACUCUCUGCGCCGAAGCAGCCCGUCGGCACGGAAACGGGCGCGCUCGCUGGGCCGGCUGGGAGAGCUGGCCGAGGACGAGUCCUACCAGUACGAGAAGACGGCGGCCGGCACCACCUACUGGCAGGACCGCAUUCGCCAGGAGAGCGCCGUGCUGCACAGAGCCAAGUCCUCCGCUGAGGUGACCGCGCCCCCGACAGACGAGGCCACGCCCCCGACAGACGAGGCCACGCCCCCAACAGACGCGAGGCUGCAGAGGACAGAGGGGACAGGUCCCAAACAUUCAACAGGAGGUAAGGGAUCUACGGGAGGGCCGUACGCCCGCAGCGAGGGGGCGGGGCUAAGACAGAGGCCCACUUCCUGUCAGUACGGCCUGCAGAUGGUGGAGACAAACAUCAGACCUCCGCUGAGACUGAAAUCAGACGUCCAUCACCUGCCCGACCUGCUGUCAUCCUCCACACAAACUCCCAGAAUGCAUCACUCCUCCUACAGCCCCAAGCUGCCCCCCCCCAACAGCACCAGCAGUCCAAUCAUCACAGCCCGCCCUCAGCGCUCGCUCCGCCCCUCCUCCAGCUUCGACAUCAGACCGUCUCCCAAACCGCCGCUGGCCGACCCGGCCCCCCCGCCCCCCCCCACGGCGCCCAUGCCCCCCCCCUCCGGUGCGGCGCUGACCCACGAGCAGUUCAAGGCGGCGCUGCGGACGGUGGUGGACCCGUGCGACCCGCGGCCGGCGCUGCAGGACUUUGUGCGGAUCGGCGAGGGCUCCACGGGCGUGGUGUGCCUCGCCACGGAGAGAGGUGGCGGGCGCCGCGUGGCUGUGAAGAUGAUGGACCUGAGGAAGCAGCAGCGCCGAGAACUACUCUUCAACGAGGUGGUGAUCCUGAGGGACUACCGCCACCAGAACGUGGUGGAGAUGUUCGGCAGCGCGGUGGUGGAGGAGGAACUCUGGGUAAUCAUGGAGUAUCUGCAGGGAGGCGCUCUCACGCACAUCCUCGGCCAAACCAGGUCAGACCCCCAUCUACUCAGCCUCAUCAACCUGUACUCGUGCUUUUAA